ACUCUGACUGCACCAAGAAUGAUCAGCACUCUUUACUUUGUAGCACUGCUGAGCUCCACAAUGGCCUGGGGGCGUGUAGGCCUUUGGAGCGAGGGGAGUGCGAAGAAUGAGACAGGAGGUGGAAGUGGGGACAGGUGUUCUUGUGAUGCCUUCUUGCCCAGUUCUACUUUUCCUAUUAAAGACCUGGUAGCGGUAGAGCAGACAGCUGGGGAAAUUUCACACAAACUGGAGCUCGAGAUGGGCAAGCUGGACGACUAUGAGACCAAGCUGACAGCAUAUGCUGAAAAGAUAAUAAAGCUGACAGCAGAAAUAGAAAAAAUGGAGAAGAACCCCGAUGCCUACAGAGAUGUUGAUGUGGACGAGAUGAAGGUGCAGAUCAAACAGGUGGAGGCUCUGAUUAAAGAGCUGCAGCUCUCCAUCAGAGGCUCCACCACUGUCUUCAAGUCUCUGCGCAUACAGAUCACAGCCAUGGUGGGGACCCUGAACCGGCUGGAGAAGACCUACGACAAGAAUGUGGUUCUGGUGACGCGUCGGGAGUACGUCAAGGUGCAGCUGCAACUAGAGGAGUGUGAGAGACGCCACCAGGAGCUUUUCAACCCUAACAUUGGUUCUUGUGCACACACAGGUAUCAUCAAGGUCAGCAAGCCCAUCGUAAGCCACCUGAAUGCCCAUCUUAAUUCGGGCUACAAAUAUGGAGGCUGGGGAAAAGAUUCAAAGCCUGUUCCUGACAGAGAAUCUAUGUACUGGUACUCGGGGUACACCAGUAGCUCCAUUGUUGACAUUAGGUUCUACACUAACUACAAGAACCUCAUUCUGAGAAACCAAUUCCAGCAUCACAACUUACACAGCAGCUGGACUGGCACAGGGAACAAUUUCAUCAUCCGUGACAACACUCUGUAUUAUCAGUGCAACAACCCAUUUGGGUUAGCCAAACUGAAUUUCACCACCAUGAAAUAUGAGCACAGGGUGAUUGCUAGGGCUAGCACUAGAUUCUCCUACAGCAACUCUCCCAAUCAGAACUUUGACUUUGCUGCUGAUGAAAGCGGCCUGUGGGUUACCUUUGCCACAGAGGUGUCCAGUGGUCGGAUGGUCAUUGCUAAAAUAAAUGAGCCUUCCUUUGGGGUUGAGGAGGAAUGGCAGACUAGUGUCUAUAAACCAGGAGUGAGCAAUGCCUUCAUGGUGUGUGGCGUUCUGUAUGCCGUCAGAACAGUUGAUAUCCAAACUGAAGAGAUAUUUUACAAGUAUGACACCAAAACCAAACAAGAGAGCCACGUCAGUGUUCCCUUUGAGAGAUUCCAGGAUAAGUUUUCCAACCUAGACUACAAUCCCACUGAUCAGAAGCUCUACAUGUACAAUGAUGGCUACUAUGUGAACUACCAUCUGUGGUUUAACCACACUGCUAAAGCCACUGUUGAACCACCAUUCCUCCUGUCCUAAAUCACUAUCUGGGAUAUGAUGAAUUAUCACAUCUUGUGAAUGAAGCAAUGAUUGUAUCUUUCUUUCUUUCUUGUAAUUCAUGUAGUGCAGCAAUUCUUCUUGAUUGCUAAUAAAUGAUUUCAAGCA